AUGGAGCGUCAGGAGGAUCUUUCGCGCUGCCUGGAAGCCUCAUCGGAAAACACCCUUCCUCCUGCAGCUGCUGCAGCUGCUGCAGCUGCUGCAGCUGCUGCACCGUCCCUGGCCAGCAGCAACAGCAACAGCAACAGCAGCAACAGGAGCAGCAACAGCAACAGCAGCAACAGCAGCAGCAACAGCAACAGCAGCAACAGCAUCAUCAGCAGCAGCAGCAACAACAGCAGCAGCUCCCUUGGGGCAUCAGUGAAUGAGAAAUUGGUCUCCGAGUUGGUGGCACUGUACUUGCCUCCAAAUUACGACUUUGAGGUUCUAAAGACGGCUCGACGCCUUGCAGCCGCAGCCGCCACUCGCGUCUGUUUGCAGCUGCCCGAGGGCCUCCUAGCUUGGGGUUACCAAAUUGCUGUCAUUCUUCAUCGCACGGUUGCAUCGAUUCAGCAGGUCUUUGUUCUGGGGGAUGUGUCAUACGGCGCUUGCUGCGUUGAUGAUUUGAAAGCGCAGGCUCUUGGCACCGAUUUUCUAAUUCAUUUUGGGCAUUCCUGCUUGGUGCCUACGCAGCACACGCAGGGUGACGUGGGGGCGGGGGCGAACAGGGGCAGCAGUAGCAGCGGCAGCGGCCUCAAAGUGCAAUAUGUGUUUGUGGAUAUCCUGGUCGACCCCAACGAGGUGUCUGUACAGCUCCCUCCUGUGGGGCCCCCAGGUGGAGAAAUGCCUGAGAUCAGCACAGUGGUAUUCCUCGCUGACGGGCGCUUCCAUUUGGAGGCGUCGAUGAUUCAAAAUCCGGGCAUAAGAUUUCUUAGAUUUGACCCUUUCACCAAAGUAGGCCGCAAGCACGGAACAGCAGCAGCAGCAGCAGCAGCAGCAGCAGCAGCAGCAGCAGCUACGCGGAGCAGCAGUUCCAAGAGGACGCCUGCGCUCGCGCGAGCAGCAGCAGCAGCAGCAGCAGCAGCUGCUGCUGCUGCCGCCUCUCCCUCUUCCUCUUCCUCUUCGUCCUCUUCUUCUUCC